AUGGGGAAAGACUUUUACGAGACGCUGGGGGUGUCGCGCGCGGACGCGGACGAUCAGGAAAAAUUGAAAAAGGCGUACAAGAAGGCGGCGCUGAAAUCGCACCCGGAUCGACCGGGAGGCGACGCCGAAAAGUUCAAGGCGGUGGGUUUGGCGUACGAUGCGCUGAGCGACGCGAACAAGCGGACGAUAUACGACCGAUACGGUGAGGAGGGGUUGAAGCAAGGGUUCGUGCCGCCGGAAGCGAGGGGCGAGGCGAGCGGUGCGAGCGCGGGUGGCGGCGGCGGCGGUUUCGGGUUCCCCGGCGGCGGCGGGUUUCAUGAAUUCACCGGUGCAGACGCGGAAGAUUUGUUCGCCAGGUUUUUCGGCGGUGGCGGCGGCGGCGGCGCGGGGUCACCGUUUGGAGGAGGAAUGGGCGACGCGUUCGGCGCGGGCGUGGGGAGCAAACGACGUCGUCCCGAGUGCGUGUUGAAUCUCGAGUGCACGCUCGAGGAGCUGUUUAGAGGCGGACGCCGGGACAUCAACUACGUUCGAAACGUGCGUGCGGGAACGAGCGGUCAGAUGGCUCAAAGUAAUGAGUGCAUCUCGAUCGAUUUCAAACCCGGUUGGAAAACCGGCACGAAAAUUACAUUUGCCGGAAAAGGGAACGAAGACGCGCAAACCGGCGAAGCGGCGGAUCUGGUCGUGGUGAUCAAGGAAACGCCGCACAAAUUCUUACGACGAGAUGGAGAUGACUUGGUGUACGAAGUUCCUCAAAUCUCACUUCGCAGCGCGUUGAUUGGUUGGAAGGUUGAAUUCGUCAACGUAGACGGCGAGAAGGUGCGUCUAUCGUUCGACGAUCCUACGGCUCCAGGAUCGGCGCGCGCGGUUCGAGGAAAAGGAAUGCCGAAUCAGAAGACCGGGCGGAGAGGCGACCUCAUCGUCACCGUAAAAACCGUCAAGUUUCCCUCGCAUCUCAACUCGAAACAAAAAACAUUGCUACGCGAAGCCUUCGCUCCAGGUGCCGCGGCGUGA